AUGUUAUCUCGAUCGUCAGCUUCACUCUUUUUCCUCGGCCUCCUUACACUCACUACCGGCCGAACUUUGUCUCCAAGGGGCGAAGGUGAUGUUGCCGUGGCCCCUGGGUUUAAGAAUCACGACCAGAUCGUGCCGUUCCAGCAGCAGGCCGCAGACGGCAUCGAUGGCGAGCUCGAGCUACGGUUCAAACCUUGGCUUAAUGACAAAAGCGGCUGUUUCCCGUACGCUGCGGUUGACAAAGACGGUUUCCAUGGUGCUGGACUGAGGCCCACUGGCAAGAGCGGCGGUCAAUGUCGUGAUAGCUCCAGGGCUCAGGUUUACUCCAGAGUCGGUAAAUCUAAUGAUCGCACUGGCGUUCUGUUCUCGUGGUACCUACCCAAGAUUCAGAACGAUGAGCGCCAUAAGCAUUACUACAUGAGCAUCGUAGUUUGGGUUCACACUGAUAAGUGUAACGCAAAAGUUGAUGACUAUCUCAUGCUCGGCGUUUCUUAUUCCACUGGCACAACAACCUGGGACAAAGCCUCAAGUUCUAAAACCAUGCUCACUGCCGGUGACAGCGGCAUCCAGAAUGCUAUGAACACCCACCCCAUUAUUGGCUAUGAUGGCAAAAUGAACGUCUUUCCCUCAAGCGAAAGCGCUCAGUGGGCGCUUAGCCCCCCUAUGGUCAGCUGGAACAAGCUAUCCAAGCCAGCCCUCGACCAGUUCAAUGGCAUCCGAUAUGAGCAUGCUCGCUGCCCUUUCAACGAAAACAACUUUCAAGCCACCUUGGACGCUGCUUUCAACGGCGACUUCUACCACAACCUUCCGGCUGAGCCUACCAAUGGCUGCAAGACCGAAACCGAAGCCCCCACGCCCACGCCCGAAGACGGCCAUGACUUGUUCGACAUUGACUUCAACGUACCUGACGGCGUUGUGCCCGACGAUGGCAACUAG